GCAACAAUAAUAAUUUGAUAUUGAAAAUUUCUUUUUCUUUUCUUUUUUUCCUAAUAAAACAUGCGUAAAGGUUGCGAAAGAUACGAGCAAUGGAAAGCGGAACGAGCGCUAAAGACGAAAAUUCAGGAAAAAAAGAAAGAAAGGAAGAAACGCAGGAAAUUAAAAAAGAUCGAAGAGGAAGAGGUGGACGAGGUGGACGAAUUUGGUAAAACAAUUCGAAAGUGUAAAAAAAAGAAGGAGAUAAAGAAGGAGAAGAGGAAGCCGAGACAAAAAGUUAGGAAAAUUUACAAACACAUACCGGAAUCAGAAUUGAUCUUAGGAUGUAUAAAACCAUCCAUGGAAGUGAGGGAACACUUCCUCAAUCCACGUCAUAUUUCAUGCAUGGGUCUUACGAUGCCGCCAAUGUACAUAUCGGAAGCACCGCGUAAGAUUUUGAUUUUUCACACUACGAUAACUCGCGUGGCUGAUCGACGAAAAAAACCGUUGUACAUAACUACUUUCAAAAAAUGGAGUUGUAAAAAAUCGGAAGAAUCGGAUUUAGACAGUUCAAGCGAAUCUAUUUGUUCCUUCGACAGUGAAAUAUGCCUUGCAGACGUGAAGCUGACAGCGAAGGAUCAAAAGGAGAUCAAGAAAUCUCAAGAGAAACGAUACGAGGAUGCCGAAUGA